CAUGUAUGACCUCUACAUCACGAGAUGUCCAGGGUAUGUAAUCUGUUAUUUACAGAUACACGUGUGCACGUUUUAUUGCAGGAACCUCCUUUUGUACAACGUGUACUCCAUGACAAUGGAAGCAUCAGCUACGAGGGUUAUACCAUCGAUGUUCUGCAGGAGUUAGCAAGGAGGGACGGAUUUAAGUACCAGAUUUAUGAGGUUCCUGACAACGAAUAUGGGAUUCAGAGUUCUGACGGAACGUGGACAGGGAUUAUCGGACAAGUGGCCACAGGAUUAGCUGACAUGGGAGCAGGCCCAAUAUCAGUGACAGCCGAGCGUGAGACUGUGAUUGACUUUACUGCUCCGUACUAUGACUACGCCGGACUCCAGAUCCUGACCAAAGACACUAGAGAACAACCGUCGUUGUUCGUCUUUGUUACUGUCUUCACGGAACUGUCAUGGGGCGUGUGGCUCACCCUCCUCAUCGCAACUGUCGUCAUACUCUGUGUGUUCCAUAGGUUCAAAUAUAAAUAUAUCACUGAUAGGGACGGGCAGCACGAUCUAAAACAGAAAUUCACCCUGAAGAACUCCUUCUGGUUCGUUGCCAUGUCCGUUGCUAUAGCAGGUCCACAGCAACACCCGUCGAUGACCUCCACUCGCCUGAUUGUUGCCGGAUUCUGGUUUUUCUGUCAAAUCAUAAUGAGCGCCUACACUGCCAAUCUUGCUGCAUUUUUGACGUCAUCGCGUCUAACUUCACCUGUUGAGUCCCUCGAUGAUCUGGUGACCCAGUCUGCCUAUCAGUACACAGUCCAAAAAGGCACAGUAGGGGAAGCCUACUUCCAGAGGAUGGCCAAAAUCGAGGCGGGUUUCUAUAGUUAUUGGAAGGAUGUAAGUUUUUCUACAGACUCAAGUUCAGCUAUGACACAAUAUGCCGUGUGGGACUAUCCCCUGGGAGACAAGUACAUUAAACUCUGGCAGUCCAUACAGAAGACUGGGUAUGUUAUCAACACGGAAGAAGGCAUCGCCAAGGUCUUAGAGGGCAACUUUGUCCUGUUCCAUGAAACCCCCAUGAUAAAGUUUGAAAUGAGUCGUCGGUGUGGGCUUCUCUCUGUGGGAUCCAUGUUCAGCGCAAAACCAUACGCCUUUGUUCUGCCACAAAAUUCACCUAAUACCAGAAAUAUAUCGAGCUCAUUACUUUCGAUCCAAUCCACAACUCUUCUGACGAAGCUAAAAGAAAAAUGGUGGGAAAGCAAUAAUGUCACCUGUCCUAAUGUUGACGACAGUGAUGGCUUGACGUUAAGUGCCCUUGGAGGUAUAUUUAUCGUAAUGUGUGGAGGCUGUCUACUAAGUGUUCUCAUAUUGGGCCUGGAGUUACUCAUCGCCAAGUGCGGAAAGGUGUCACAGCCUUUCCUUGCUGAAUGUGAUACAACUGAAGGAAAUGACGUUCGUCCACACCAGACGGUACUCUCGCCCAAAAUCGGUGAUGCUAUGAUAUCAAAACUUAGCUCAUACGAGUUACGUGAUUUUGUAAAUACAUCGCCACUAUAGAACAAACCCGUUGUUCCCUUUACGGCAAAUGAACUUGAAAAUGAUAAUAAUAAUAAUUAGAUAUCAUAUGUACAUGCAAUUUGAGAUUGUCACAAAGAUUUUAUUGAGAUUUGAUAGCAUGAUUUUUUUUAUU